UUGUGUGUAUAAAGCCUACAUAUCAAUUACCAUUGAAAAGUUGGAGAUCGACUGUAUUUAUCUUUUAGUUAACCGAAACCAGAUUUUGGAUAAAAUUACGUGUAUUCCCAUAUAUCUAAUUUUGCAUUUCUCUUUGAUUACACAGAAUAUUGUGUUUUUAAAAUUAAAAUGUAACGUGUGUUUUGGAAUUACUGCUUCAUAGAACGCGAUAAUAUUCGAAAAGGAUUUAUAUUUAUAUAAACUUGAAUAUGGCGUUAACUGAAGAAAACGGCGCAAGUGCAGACAUGUUAACGGGACAGCAGCUACAAGAACAAGGUAUCAAUUCUACCGACUUGCUAUUUUUCGAUUUCCUGCGUAACAAAAAUGACAUUGACCUUCACUAUAGCUGGCUUAAAGAUGAAAAGACGUUGCGUAUAAAAACUGAUACAAACGAUGUGUCCAGCAAAGCUAAGGGGCUUAUUCAUUCUCUCCGGUGUGCCUUGAAGGAAAUAUAUCAACUUGAGGAAGAACAGUUUAGAAACGCCGACGAAUUUGUGAAUAAAUGGGAAAGUUUUGAUCAAAUUGGCAGUGUUUUCAUGGUCAGACUUAAACAUCAAUUUAUAAUUAUGGCAUUGCAAGAAAAUGUUGACCAAUUUAAAGAUUGUAAACGUAAAUUCGAGGUUAAUUUUUUUAAACAAAUUUGUUAUAAUACAUUUGAAAGAAUUGAAGUCAAAAUUAUCAAUGGCAGUUUUGAAGACUUGGAUGAUGUUGAUGCCAUAGUGAAUCCAACGGACGAUCAAUUUGGGCAGAUAGGACUAGUUUCACGAACAUUAUCAAAGAAAGGAGGCAAAUCUUAUGAUGAAGAAUGCAAACGGCUUAGAUCAUCCAAAAUGCCAACUCCAAAGAAAUGUUUCGUUACGAGUUGGGGCAAUGUCAAAGAGAAAUCAAUCCUGCAUGUUGUGUGUCCGAAUAUUCAAGGAGAGAAAUCACAAAAUAUUCAAACAACUGUGUAUGAAACUAUCUAUAACUGCCUGAAAAAGGCUGAAAGAAAGAACAUAGCAACAGUUGCUAUCCCGUUCGUUUAUACAGGACGACGCAAUGUUCCGGUGGAUAAAUGUGCAUUGUCGUACGCACAGGCUGUUUUACAGUUCAGUAUGGAUAGGGAAAACGAUUUUUCUGUAAAUACAAUAUGCUUCGUAGAUACGGAUGAGGAGAAGACAAAAGUUCUUGUUUCUUAUUUUGACGAGCUUUUGCCGAAGACUGCGCUUCAAAUAUUUGAGAUGCCAACCCAUGAAAAUUUUCAAAUCCGACCAAUAUCUCUACAGGAAAGUGAAGUUGCGAACGAAUCUCCAAAGACAGCGGAAGUAAAAGAAUUUAGUUUCCAAAAUAGUUCCAUAAGACAUCAAACCGAGAGGGACAGCUGUGUAAAAGAUGAAUACGAAACAAUUAAAGCACAUCUUAAACUGGAAGCUCCAUAUGAUGAUCUAUCAAAUAUCAAACAUUUCAAACUAGCAACCAGCAAUGAUAUCGAUAACAAAGCAACAGAUGACAAUUAUAAAGACAUAAAAUUCGCUGAUGAUUCUGAUGAGUCCGAUGGGGAAAAGGCUGAAGAUGAAAGCAUGGGUUUAGACAUCCAAGUUGAAAAUUCCGACACAGUUGUUAGUGAAAACACUGAAGCAAAACAUAAUGAAAGUCAAAAUGUAAUUCCCAUUGACAAUGGUGAUAAAGAUCAAGUGGCAAUUCUGAGGUCAGGUCUUACAAUAAUCUCCGUCAAUGUCUGUGAGGAAUUGAGCCGAGGGACAAAUAUACAAUCGAACGAAUAUGAAUCACCAAAAGAAACAGAGAAUGAAACGGAUAAAUAUUCAGUUGACAAUAUACAAACACCCACACUGAUCACAUCAUCAAGUAAGGUGGUUACUGUUGAUGUUACUAAAGGUAAUGAAGUGAAAAAUAAAGCUGACCAAUAUGAAACUCUUCAAAAUUCAAAACAAUCUGAUAACUAUGAUGCUAUAAAAAACGAAACUCAAAAUGAUAAAGACAUUUUGAACCGUACUCAGAAAACCGUUGGAAAUGUUUUGAUUAUAGAUGAGACCAUCCCUGAUUCUAAUGGUGCAGAGAACGCCACUAUAAUGCAAGAUUCUGAAGUCAAUAAAGUAACUUCCGAACAUAUCAAUUUACAACAAAAUUUAUCAACGGAAACAGAACCCUCAAGUCCAGUCAUUAAAAAACAAAUGAAUGAUGAAGAAGAAGAAAACAAUAAGGUUGAUUUUGGUAGCAAAGAUGUACAACAAAACGGAAAUGAAAAUACAUCAUUAUAUGUAAAUCAUAGCGAAAUAGAUAACAAAGAAGGAAUACACAUAGAAAAGGAAAAGCGUGACAGUGUUAAGUCAUGUGAUAAACCUUACUGUGAUAUUAGUGUUGAAAUGGGUUCAGAUGAUCGCGAUUAUUACAAUCUAGGACCAAAUGCUGAAGCCCCUCAAACUCAUGAUUUAGAGCAGGUCUCGCAUGCUCAAAAUCUCGGAGAUCCAAACUAUGAUAAGCUUAAAGACAAUUACAAAACGAACUUAUCAAGAGACAAAUCGAUACAUAUAUUCAAAGGAGACAUUCGUAAAGCCGUAUCUGGCGUUAUAAUUUGUCCCGAAAUUCCCGACACAAAAUAUGGUGGUAUAAUGGCCGUUGCAAUCAAAAGUACUUUUCGAAAUGUGGCAAGUAUCGAGAUCCCACGCAAAUUGAUAAAAUCAAACGGGCAAAGAAUUGCAGCAACAGAUUGUCGUAUAAAAGGAAGGGCAAAUGAUUCUGAGGACGACGGUGUUAGUUUUAUCUAUCAUAUUCAAAGUCCAAUUUACAAGAGAACAAGCGAUACCGAAACAGUUUCUCGAUGCUUAGACCUGAUAUUCAAAAAAAUGAAGAAACAUAAAAGAAGAAAAUUGAAAAGGAUAUAUAUUCCAUUACUUGGAAUUGAGGAUGUCGGUAAUGAGGACAACGUAAAAACUUGCUGCCAAAUUUUAGUGAAGGGUAUCCACGAAAAAUGUGCUAAGUACAGAUCUCCGAUUGAAGUGAUGCUUGUGAAUCGAUGUAAGCGAAUAACUGAUAUGUUGAUAAGUGAAAUGACAAUUCUAGCUGACCCUUCCGGUUGAUUUGGUUGGUCAUUUAUUUGACUCAUGUCAAGAGACAACAUGCAUUUACAAAUUACGUAUCAUAUGUAUGUAAAGCUAGAAAAGGACCAGUGAAUCAUAUCGUACCCAGUGCUGUUGACUGGAUUCGUUUUCAAUUUGGUUAUGGAUAACAACAUUCCACAGAAGUUAUGUUAUAUAAAUGUAAACAAAAAUUCAAAGGUGCAGAAUGAUAAAUAUUAUUAAUUAUAAUUAA